AUGAAACAUUCAUCUGGUAAAAAUUCCAAGGUUUCAUGUGUUGUCCAACCCUAUGUAUCUUUUGACGGAAGUGACUACCAACUUGGGAUCUCGGAGUUGUGGCAUAGAUGUAUUCAGGAGCUGAACGACUUGUCAAUCGACCAAAUAAAAGCCAUUCUAAGUGGAACAAUGAACCUUGAUCCGGUUGAAUUAGUUCGUCAUCCUAGUAACAAAAGUGAGAUUGUCAGCUCCGAAAAAGAUAACUGCUCUCAUUCUCCUAAACUAAAUCCAGUAUGUGAAAAGAAUUCUGAAAUGCAAGUUCACGAUGCUGAUUCAACUACUGCCUUGUGUUCAGUACUUGAAAAUCAAUUUGAUGUUCAAAAAGCUAAUGAUCAUGGGAUUAUUGAUGAUAAACUUUACACAAAUUCGGAAUCAUUUACAAAAUCCUGGUCUUCUACAAGUCCAAAAGACUGUAGAAUUGAGGAAAAACAUUCAACUGGAGAAACUGGCUGUAUUUCAGAUUCAAAGGAUUUAGUAGAUUUAGUUCAUCAAGAAAUUACAGAACUUGAAAUGCGAGCACGAGCUAUUCGUGCAAUGCUUAAAACUAAAUCGAAUCAACUCAAAUCAUAA